AUGAUUUCUAGUUUUUCGGUAGACGGAACGCCGUUAAGGGAGUUCAAGAAUCUGGAGUCGAUUGGGAUGGCUUACCCGAAGAGCCAGCCCAUUAGGAUAUUUACUCGAGCCUUUGAUGAUUGGGCCACGAGAGUUGGGCUUGUGAAGACGGACUGGACCAAGGCCCCAUUCACGGCCUCGUAUCGCAAUUUCAAGGCCCACGCAUGCGUGGCAUCGAAUUCAUUGCGUCUUGCAAUCUUACAUCUGAAGGUGGGGCCCACGGGUGGCAAAAUAAAGAAUUGGAUGGCACAAGCGCCGAGAGAGAUAUUGAAAUGGGUGAAGCAAAAUUACAUGAUAUAUGACUAUUGUGCUGAUGCCAAGAGUUUUACACUAUACCAAACACGAAAAAAUGGCUUCCUUCUACUAUGCAUCCCUAGCAUUCAUAUUCUUGGGAGCAAUUUCUAUCAAGAUUUCGAAAUAACAUGGGGCGAUGGCCGGGCCAAGAUUCUCGAAAACGGGCAACUCUUAACUCUAUCGCUCGAUAAAACCUCGGGCUCGGGCUUCCAAUCCAAGAACGAGUACUUGUUCGGAAAAAUCGACAUGCAGCUCAAGCUCGUCCCUGGAAAUUCAGCUGGCACCGUCACUGCCUAUUACUUGUCGUCACAAGGCCCAACACACGACGAGAUAGACUUCGAGUUCUUGGGUAAUUUAAGCGGCGAUCCUUACACUCUUCACACGAACGUUUUUAGCCAAGGAAAAGGCGGUCGGGAGCAACAGUUUCAUCUAUGGUUCGACCCAACCGCGGAUUUCCACACUUAUACUAUCCUAUGGAAUGCUCAAAGGAUCAUAGAGUUCAAGAAUUCGGAGUCGGUUGGGGUGGCUUACCCGAAGAGCCAGCCCAUGAGGAUUUACUCGAGCCUUUGGAACGCAGAUGAUUGGGCCACGAGAGGUGGGCUUGUGGAGACGGAUUGGGCCAAUGCCCCAUUCACGGCCUCGUAUCGUAAUUUCACUGCCGAUGCUUGUGUGCCGGCGUUCGGGUCUUCUUCGUCUUGCAAUUCUCCAGCUUCAAGUGGGUGGCAAAAUGAAGAAUUGGAUGCUCCAAACCAGGGAAGAUUGAAAUGGGUGCAAGAUAAUUAUAUGGUUUAUAAUUAUUGUACUGAUGCUAAGAGGUUUCCUCAGGGGUUUCCUCCAGAGUGUGCUAUUCAUUAA